AUGUUUUUUGUAAAAUCAAAUAUUCGGUAUAAGCAUAUUUAUCUUUUACUAUUUUUUUUUUUCAUAAAAUCACUUAUAAUUUUAUGCAACAAAAAUACUUUGAAAAAUAAAAACAUUUUUAAUUGUAAGGGGAAGAAAUAUUAUGAAUUAUACAUAAAUAGAAAGAAAAAAAGUAAAUAUACAAGUUUUAUAUAUUUUAAUAAUAUCUACAAAAAAAUUGAUGUUAAUGAAAAAGAACAUAAAUUAAAUGAAGACUUAAAAAAUAUAAUUUUAUUGUUUGGUAGAAUAGCAGAGCAUUACUACCCCAAUACAGUAGAACAAUUUAAUUUUUAUAAAGAGCCAUAUAGUAAAUAUAUUUAUACUAAUGAUAGUAAGAAUUCUAAAAAAUGGAAAUAUGUUUUUAAUAACGAAAAAAUUAAUAAAAAUGUCUUUUAUGAAAGGAUAUGUGAACUAAAAUUUAAAUGGCCAAUUAAUCAAAAUGAAAAUAUCACAGAAUAUAAUUUUUAUAACGUAGUUAUAGAGAAAUGCUUAAAUAAUAUUAACAUAAUUAGACACAAUAUUCAUAAUUUAAAAUUGUUUUUAACUAAAAUGAUAGAAAAUAAUAAAAAUAAAGAAAAUGUCUUCCUACAUAACUUAUACAAUGAAUUAGAAAAUGAGCUAACAAGUGAUAACAAAAUUUCAUUAAAUGGGGAACUAGUAAAUGAUAAAAAAAAAAAAUUUCUUGAAAGAUUGCAAAAUCUAGAUUUAAAUGAUAUUUUUAAACAACAUAAUAGAUCGUACAGUAGAUUUCUUGUCAAUGAAGUUUUUAACAGAGAAUAUCCAUCCAAAAAAACAAUAGACAUAUUUUUAUAUUUAAUUUUUCAAAAAAACGUUGAUGAAUUUACUUUUGAUUAUUUUUCAAAGCAUUUAAACAAAUUAGGGAAAAAAAUAGAAAUUUAUAACUGCAAUUAUAAUUCAAAUAUAUAUUUUGAUCAUUUUUUUUUUCUUAUGAAAAAUGAACUCAAAAAAAACUCUUUUUCUGUUAAAAGAAAAAAAGGAAAUGGUACUUCAAAAGUUAUAAAAGGAAAAAAAGAAAAUAUCUUAAAGAGUAGUUCUGCGUCAAAAAAUAAAGUUAACCUAAUUGAAAAUCAACAAAAUACAGAAAGCAAUAAAAAAACAAAAAAGCAAAAUUUUACAAUUAUAGGUCAAAAUAUAGUUAAAUUUAAUAAAAUCAAAGAAAAAGAAGUAGAAAAAGAAAAAGAUGAAAAAGGUAAAAAAGAUAAAGAACUAGAAAAUCUAUAUAAGCAGUCAAAUAUUAUAAAACAAGAAAAUUCAGAUAAUGAAAAAAAUACAAAAAAAAAUACAAGAUUAGAAACAAAUAUUCUUACGAAUUCUGAAACAAAAGAUAAUUUAAAAAAAAAAAUUAUUUCAUUUUUUAGAUAUCUAGUAAAUCAAAUAAAAAGUGGUUUUUAA